UGUUCAGUUUGAUUGCGGCCAUCGAAGGGAAAACAUCUCAACAAUUGACAACAGCCAUAAAUUCAUAUAAACUUGCGCUUUAACCAUAAAAGAAAAUCAUGGGAAUAAUUUGCCAAAUUCUUUUUCACAACAACACGCAAGGCGUUUUUUACGCUGGCCAAACGGUUGCUGGCCAAGUGACUCUGAGCACGGAUAAGGCAAUUCAAAUCAAAGCAAUUCGACUCAAGCUAAAAGGUUACGCAGAGACCCAUUGGACCGAAAGCAAGACUGAUUCGAACAACAAGUCAACUUCAGAGUCGUACAAUGGAUUUGAGAAAUACCUUUCCAGUAAAGUUUAUCUCUUGGGUUCCGAAAUAAGCCCUGAAAUGUCCUUGGAGCCGGGAACCAGGUCCUACAAUUUUGCUUGUCCAAUUCCAAUCAACUGUCCCUCAUCCUUCGAGGGCACCCAUGGUCGUAUACGUUAUAUGGUGGAUGUCAAUAUCAUUCAGCCCUGGAAGUACGACAGCAUUUUCUCAAGAGCUUUCACCGUAAUUCAAGUGAUGGAUAUAAACACCUAUAACUCUGUUUCACAGGUUCCCGUGCAGGCCAAGACUGAGAAAACCUUUGGGGUCUGGCCCUUCCGAUCGGAUCCUCUAACGCUGGAGCUGAAUUUGCAACAGACUGGCUUUGUGCCUGGGCAGACGGUACCCGUAAACGUUUUGAUUGGUAACGAAAGCAAAAUUCGGGUGCACGAAGUGAAGGUCGGACUGUCAAUGAUGAUCACCUACUACAGUGAUCUGAGUUCAGGUUCCCAGUGUGAGCGCAAGUCCGUGGCCAAGUUGAAGGCCGAUGGGGUUUUGAGGAACUCCCGAAAAAUGUACGACUUUCAACUGAUGAUUCCCUCUACUCCGCCUUCAUGUUUCCAUCUGUGCCGCAUUAUCAAGAUCGGAUACCAGAUCGAGGUUGUGGCCAAGGUGAAGGGCAUGCAUAUCAAUGGAACUUUGAUAAUGCCGGUGACUAUUUGUGGUGUUCCGAUAUCGCCGCCAGCGGUGCAAUAUACACCGCAGAGCUCUGGGCCAGUGGCUUCAGAACAAAGAGCUUUGACUUUGGUUGAGGGAGAGGGAGCUUUUGCUCCAGCUGCUCCCCCAUAUCCCUGGUCAGAGGGAUCCACACUAUCGCCACCGAGCUACGCCGAGGCCAUGCAUUCCCAAAGUGACUCUGAGAAACAGUCAGAGCCGGGUGAGAAGCCAUACAAGCCGUUGUAUCCUGUCUUCGAUUUGUCUAAUUCAGCUGUAGAAAAGAGCAAGGAAGCGGAUUUGGAUAAAGAGGGAAAGAAAUGAAGGCACGUGAAAGAACUAUUCUAAAUCUGAGAACCAUUGGACAUCCCUUCCCACGCCUGCUUGUCAAGAAGUCCUUGGGCUUUUUUCAGAGAUAUGAGGGCUAUUUGCUGCGCAACUGCAUUUGGCCAAAUGUAUAAUUCAAAAUUGUGACAGCGAUAAGAUAAAGUUUCCCUGGCCAUCGCUACCAAUAUACAAC